CAUUUUGUAUGCAAAUGAUCAUGGUUAGAUUAUAUAUAGAUAUAAGUAAUUCAGACAUACUGUAAAUAGCCGAAUAGAUAAUUAAAGAAUUUAUCUAAUCGUGUAAUAAGAAAUUCAUAAAUUUAUUGUGAAGUUCAUUUUGAUAUAACAGAGCUGCUUGUUUAUACGGAUUUAAAAUUUACUGUCAUUGAGUGAAUUGAGGUAGAUCCCCAUCCCACUUCUGACGCCCCUGCAGAGAAUGAGCUAUUUUAGUUAUGUGGGCAAAUUAUUCUCAAACGUCAAGGGAUUCUACCAGGAGAUCAAUGCUGCAACACUUACAGGAGCCAUUGAUACAGUUAUCAUAGAGCAAGAGGAUGGAUCGUACAAGUCGUCACCGUUUCACGUGCGUUUUGGGAAGCUUGGGGUGCUCAGAUCUAGGGAGAAAGUGGUGGACAUUGAGAUCAAUGGGGAGCCAGUUGAUAUACAGAUGAAGCUAGGGGAACGUGGAGAGGCAUUCUUCAUAGAGGAACAUGAGGAUGAGGAAGAGGAACUUUCACCACACUUGGCUACCUCUCCAUUACAAUAUGACUCUGAUCUCAUGGAACAGGGAGUCAAAAUGCUCCGAGAGGAGUGUGAAGCCAUCACUGGAGAUUUGGAAGCCAGAGGUCAAGCUGUUCAAGUCGAAGAUGAAGUCAAAGUUAAAUUUGAAAUUGGAUCAGAAACUGCUAAUGAACAAAAAACUGGCAACAGCAAAGAAAAUAAAGCUGGUACAAGGGAACAUUUAGACUCCGUUAAGAGUGAAUCAACAGUGAAAAGUGAACAUUCCAGAGAUGCGGAUUUAGAUAUCAGAACUGGAAAUGAACCUGUUGAAGUGAACAAGAGUAAGAGAAAAAGACGAAAAAAGAGGAAAAAUAAACACAAAACUGAAAGUGCCAAUAACAAUCAAGGGGUAACUGGUGACUUUGACAAUGAGGAAGAUAUUUUUGAAUUAGAGGAUGUGUCAACGGAUGAGGAGUUGCGUAUACUGACAGAAAACAUGACAAGUGGUUCAAUGUCAAAAUCAAUCAGUUUGCCAGCGGUUGAAGAGAACAAGUUUGAUAGAACAAAUGAGUGGGCCACUACUCAUGAGGUGUUUAGUUACCUUAAUUCACACCCAUUCAGUGACACGGAUCUGUCUCCAUUAGCAAGCCCAAUCAGUAGUCGUCCACAUACUCCUAAGAGUGACACAGAAUUUGAACGUCAGAAGUCGAUCGGACAGGAACGUCUGCUGGAGUCCGAGGAGGACGAUACGAUGUGGGAAUGGGGAGCCAUGCCACGGAAGUCGGUGACGGAGGAAAAUGUUCAAUCAUUAGUCCAUCAAACAAGCAUUCCAGAUGAGAAGAACAAAGGAUCUGGUGGUUUGUUCCAGUUCAUGAGAAAGACGAAGAAUUUUAGACAUAAACCAGAGGAGGAGGGGAUAUACCUUGACGAUCUUAACAUAGAAGAUAUGGAUGAUGAGACUGCUAAACUCUACUUUCCUAAAAGGUUUUCCAACACCCAUUUCAAAGCGAUAGAGAAGGACGAAGAUGUUGAAUCAGGUCGCGGAGCCUCCCUCCCUCAAUCACCACAUUCAGUAGAGGGUGCCAUAGGCGGACCAAAUAUCUUAGUUUCCGAGAUCAAAUCUCUCGGCAUGUACUCUCUGUCGCUUUGCGGUGGCCUCGCAGACGCGGAUGGGGUAUCUUUGGAGAAGUUCAUGUCAAAGAUUGUCACAUUUGAUGAUUUGUCAGAAAAUCCAGCCAUGUUGUCAAAUCCAGAUCUAGUGGUGAAGAUUGAGGAUAACUACUACAACUGGCAGACGGCAGCGCCUAUUAUGUUGGCACGAGUGGUUUUCCAGAAAAACUUACCUGAGGGAGUACUAAAGGGCCUUAUUUCUCAGCACAUGCCAAAAAAGAAGGAGAAGAAGGGAGGAUAUUCUUGGUUUUCAUGGCGACGAACUACCGCUGAUGCCACAACUUCAAUGCAGUCCCAAGUGAAUGUUACCUUGACAACAUCAGAGUCGGAAAUCACUGGACCAAAGUCUGAAGGUGAUUCGGCAGUGCAUGUGACCAGUGUAGAAAGUAUACCAUCCUGUCAAUCCAGUAUUACUGAAAGUCCAAAGAAACUGACACUAGUUGACAGGUUGACUGUAGAGAGGGACCAUUCCUCCUCAGAAGGGGACACAGAAGGAUCCGAUAGGGCCGAGCCGAAGAAGUCAAAAAGAUUACAGUUACAUAAAAUGAGAAAAGUUUACAAGAAAUCACUCAGAUUGUCCUCUGAUCAAAUUAAACAUUUGAACCUAAAACCGGGACAGAACGAGGUGACAUACUCUGUGACAACACAGUAUCAGGGAACUAAACGAUGUCAGUCACACAUUUACUUGUGGAAACACAACGACAAAAUUAUUGUGUCGGAUAUUGACGGAACUAUUACAAAAUCAGAUGUACUGGGUCAGAUUUUACCUGUAGUAGGGCGCGACUGGUCCCAGUCGGGUGUUGCCCAGCUCUACAGUCGUAUUGCAGGGAACGGGUACAAGUUUCUCUACCUCUCAGCAAGAGCUAUUGGCCAAUCAAAACUCACCAAAGAUUUACUGCAGAAUAUCAAGCAAGGGGAGAUGUCUCUACCAGAAGGACCACUACUCCUGUCACCCACCUCGCUUAUCAGUGCUUUUCAUAAGGAAGUUAUAGAACGUAAACCAGAAGAGUUCAAGAUCAGUUGUCUGUCAGAUGUGGCCUCUUUAUUUCCCGAAAACUCGCCUCCAUUCUAUGCUGGAUUCGGCAAUAAAGUCAAUGACGUGUAUGCAUACAAGGCGAUCAACAUUCCCAUAUAUCGCAUCUUCACCAUCAAUCCUUACGGUGAAUUAAAGCAUGAGCUAUCAUAUACCUUUCAGACCUCGUAUACCAAACUUACCGAUGUUGCGGACCACUUUUUUCCUCCACUUCACAAAAUCCCUAGUUCAAGAGCCAGUGAGUAUAAUUAUGUACAAUUUUGGCGUGAUCCGUUACCAGAAGUGUCACCCUUUGAGGUGGAUGAUGUCCUGUCUGGUAAAACUGCAAAAACUGCCGAACAGCCCAGCAGCUGACGGUUUUCGCACAUGAAUGCUCGACAACAACUCAAGGGUAAAUCUAGGACGAGACACUACAGUACACCACCAGAUUUUGAAAUCAUGUCUUCCAGCUGGUCUCCGGGGAGGUCUUGCUCAAACGUUCUUCCGAGUCAUAACAGUAUAGACAUCAAUGUCGAUCUUGAUCAUGACAGUGAUAACUUUGACGAUAUCGGAAUGGAAAGCAAUCUAUCGACAAAUAACACAAGAAAAAGCACGUCCAUCUGGUUCAGGCCAUUUAUGGUGAACAAUAUGUUCAUGUAAGAUAUUCUUGUUAAGUUUAAAUAGUUCUACAGAAUUUAUAUCAAAGAUAGUCAUGGCAUAUGAACAAUGGUAAAAUGAUUUAAGUGAGUGUACUUAUUAUAUAAGGCUUAACUAUGAUAAUGGUCUUGUUUUUAUUAUUGACUUUUUUGAACUAUGAAUUUUCUUAUAUUCAGUUAGGUUGUGAAUUUUGAAAAAGUGACCAAAACCAAUCAAAUAUUGUUAGAAUCUAGUCCAGCUAUUGUACGGCUUUAAGUUAUUUGCUUUCAGUUUGUGUGCUGUUAUACCCUGAGUUGUAUAUAUUUUUCUUUGCAAAAUGAGUCGAGAGUUCAUGUUUGAUAUUAUUUUGAAUAGCGUUUAUAGAGCGUUACUAAAUGCUUUCUUUGUUUGAAAGAAGACAGACAGUAAGGUUUGUAUUGGUGUGCUUGUCACCUUUAUUGUAAUGGCUCAGAUGGCUGUGAUAUUAAGAUGAUGUAACUUCCUGACGGCAAUGGAAAUAGAGUUCAUUUCGAUAAUUUCUAUGGCCAUCUUGUUUUAAGAUGAAUUUUGGAAUGUUUUGGGUUGGUACAUGUAAUAUGUAGGUGUGUUAUGUACAAUUAGCUAACACGCAGCAACUAGUUAUGAAUAAUGCUUCUGACAAUAACAAUAAGUUCAUCCUGACAAAGUCUUGACAAUAAUUGUAUCUUGACAAUGAAUGUAUUUUGACAUUGACUGUAUUUUGAUCAUAAAUGUCACUUGACUGUCACCUAUCAAAACUACUUUUUGUUAGUUAGCCAAGAGGAAUAUAAUUCUUGUAAUGAAUCUUUUAUCUGUAUUUGUACAAAUAUUAUAUUUUGGGAUGGGGGGAAGCAUAGAAAAUUUGAAAUUUUGGUAGACCGGUAUGAUCUUCUCUUGCUACUUACAAUAAAGGGGAUUUGUGCAUACAGCCUACUGCACCUAAUUUGUAUUGUUUGUUUUUGUUGACAUUGAUUUGAUAUGAUAUUGUUUGUGUUAUUUAGCAUUUAUAUUGUUUUCUUAGAAUUUAUGUAAUGUGUUAAGAUUUUGUUGCAUUGUGCUUUGAAGUUUACUUGUGUUAAUAUAUGAUGUUUAUGCUUACGUUACUUGUUAUGGUAAUAUUCAGUCUGCGUACUAUGUACACAUAUGCCUGAGUAACUUUCUUCAGUGAUUUCAGUAACCAGAAUGUAUAAUGUUACCUCAAUAUGGAUUGUGUGUGCUUUGUUGAUAGGACUGUGCCCCAUGUUUAAUGAAUGUAGGUCACCAUGUGCUUGUCAAUUCUAGGAUAUUGAUCGAUUCUAUAAAUAGCAUUGAAUAAUUCUAUAAAUAGUAUAUAUACAAACAGGUUCAGUGAAAGGCACAUAUUGUAUUAGCAACAUUCUGAUUGGUUCUGUUAAAAACACAUGUCGUACAAGCAAUUUUGUAAUUGGUUCAGUGAAAUGGAACGUAUUGAACAAGAACUGAUCUGAUUGGUUCAUUGAAUAGCACCUGUUAAACAAGGAAAGUUUUAAGUGGUUGAGUGAAAACACACUCGAUGUACAAGUAACAUUUAAUUAAUGUGAAUCUGAGCAGUAUUUUGUUGUUAAAUGCAGCAUUCUGUUAGAUUUAACAAGGAACUUAUUUCUACGUGAAAUGUUUAAAAUAAGAACAAAAUUUAGCUGUUGAAUUUAAUUUUCUGACUAGGUGAGUUAGCUGUUGCAAGGUAAGCGUAUUUCACCAGUGAUUCCAUGGAUACAGAUUUCAACUUUUAAUUUCAUGUAAUCACCUACAUCAAAACGCAUCUGUCUCCAUGCCAAAUUUUUCAUUGUAAAUAUUUUGUAUUCCAUAAUUUCAUUCUAGUAUUUAUUUUUUUGGCGUGUUUAACGUUAGUAACAAUUCAAGAAAAUAUCCCGGCGAGUAGUUUUUGUUAUUAGUUUGAUUAGAAGUGCUGUAUUUUUGUAAAACUGUAAAGAUUGUAGUUUAUUUUAGUAAAACUUUAAUAUAUCAGUUCCACUGUGCAAAACAAAAACCUGUGGGUUUUGCGACUGGCAAGGAUCCAGAUCAAGGCAUAGCCAUACUGUCCCUUUAUCCCCACAUCCAUACAGUUUUGUUAUCAGUUUCAGCACUUGUAUACAACUGAUAAGCAAACAGUAUGGGGAGCGGUGUUCUAGUGGAUAAGGUGUCAACAGCUCAAUCCAGGGGUCAUGGGUUCGAGCCACGCUGGAGUCAUGACCAUGACUUCUCAUAUGAUACCGGUACUGGUUUUUCAAGGAUGUGGAUUCGAGAGUGGUUACUUUCAGCUUGAAGUUUUCAUCACAGUCGAGCUUAAACAAAUUAGUAUAAACUAAACUAAACAGUAUGGAUCCAAAUUGCUACAUGGAUCAUCAGGUUUAAUUUUGAUGGCAAAGCUCUGACAAUAGUUUUCGCACAGUGGCGGUUAUAUUUUCUGUUCGUUUCUUAAUCAUUUGCCAGAAGCAAAAUAAUAAUUUAAUGAUUUUAUAUUUCUUAUUUUUUCUAGUUUGGUUAUGUGUAAAUAUUUUCCAGUUUGUUUUUGGGUAUUUAAACAAAUAUGGCUGAAGUGAUCUCAAAAUUUGAACAAUAACUUAAAUAUUGUGUUCGCAUUAAAUAUCAUUUUUGACCAUUCAAAAUUCAUUCAAAUCAUUUUGAAAUACAUUUUUUAAGGGUUAGAUUUUACAUUCUGCAGGUAGCAUUGUUUAGGUUCAUAGAAUAUCCUUGGAAUAGGGUGGAACUUAAUGAAUAUGAAAGUAUGUUGUGUUAGCUUAGCAAUAUUUAAGGUUGGUCAUUAUGUUCAUGAAUGUGUGCUGAAAAGAAUUGAUUAUGUAUUAUUUUGUCUCCCCCACCCCCUACACCUACCAGUUAAACAGUGAUGACUUUUCGUAUUUGUUGCAGUAAUUUCAUUAUAUGAGAGUUGGUAUUAAGCAUGCGUGCGUAGGAGAAAUGAAGGUGUAAAGUGCCAACCAUAUAGUCUUUUAGCUAUCUGUUUAAAAAUCCUGUCAGGAUUUGAAAUAAAUCUUUACAUUCCCAAAUUUAGAUUGAAACCUUUAAAGCAAUCUUUUGAAAACAGAUUUUCAGAUCAAAGUGUGAGUGACUGAAAUCUGAUGAGGUCUUUCAAUCAAAAUGAAAUCUUAUGAUAUUAUUAAUAGAUAAUAUGUGCUGACAAUAUAUAUUUUGUUGACAAUUUUCAGUAACUUACAACAGACACUGUGUUUAAACUUUUUUUAAUUAUUAACUUUAUUGUGCUUUUAUAUUUUUCAUAUUCUUCUUUUUUUACCAUUUUUCAUACUUUGUCUUGAUUUAUAAAAGACUAGUUAACCUUUAGCCUGCUAGCAGCCAGUAAUUCUGAAUUUGCGACCAGUGCUAACAAAGAUCAGCUUGCACAUCUGAUCAUGGUUUUCACUAUUCAGUCAGUAAAUUUUCAGUGAUCACCCCUUGGAAUAAUAAAUGGUACUGCCCAAAUUGAAUGAUGGACCAGUCCAUAUUAGAAUUAGAAAUUCAGCAGGCUAAAGGUUAAAAAGUUUUGUCUGUUAAGUUUUUCUGUGUUCCUGUGUAUUGUACUGUGUUCUUCUUUUUAGUUCUAGACUUUAGGGGUUUAGGGACCUUUGGUGCUUGUAAUUGAUGCUACAUGUGUUGUUUUUUUCUGUAGAUUGUUGAUCUGUAUUGUAGUAUUUCUUAAAAGUGACUGUUUAUGUAGUACGCAUUUUUAAAAUUGCCAUGUAGUGAAGAAUUACUUGAAAUUAGUGGCAAAUUGUAAUAAGCUUUCUUUGAGAGUUUUUUUUUGAAAAAUGCAGUUUUCAAAAUGAUAUGUACUUCCUGAUGUGGCGCAAGAGCUAUCAUAUACACCAGCAUUAUUAGUAUUUCUUUUUCCAAACAGUGACUAAGGCGCAGUUCUUAGAUAGAAUGAGUUGGGACUUCAUUUAUAUGUUUUCAUUCUGUAAUUAUGGGUGUAUUACUAAGUAUAUUUUCCAAAAAUUCUUUUGUGUGUAUUUCAUGAAGUAAGGUUUUAUUUCUGUCUCCAAUAUUUAUAAAUCUUCUAUUAUGCAAUGCAAAAACUUUUUGUGAAAGUUCUGUAUCAAUUUUUCAGAAUUCAAAUUCCAGUUCUAGACUUUUUGACUUCAGAAUCCAGUACUGAAACUUUCUAGGUGCAUUAUCUUGUACCAAAAUUUUUGAAUGGGUGGCUACAAAAUACAGUAAUCAACUGAAUACAAAUCUAGUACCAAAAUUUCUGAAUACACAGUCUUAUACAAACUGAAUGUACUGUCAAUGUGCCAUAAAAAUACACUGUCAGGUUCAAAUUUUAAAACUGCCAGUGUUGCCAUAAAAAGAAAAGUUGUUAUUGAAGAUGCAUUUAUGGAGUGGUGCAGGAAAUGACCAAUCGUUAUAUAGAAGAUAGAAGUGUAGACUAUAGAGAUGUUAUUUCAGACGCGCCAUGAGACAUCUAACAUAGUGCGUAUGCAUUUGUGACCAGCAUGGUCCAGACCAGCCUGCACAUGCACGCAUCCAUGCAGUCUGGUCAGGAUCCAUGCUGUUCACUUUCAAAGCCUAUUGCAAUUAGAGAAACCACAUUUGAACAGUAUGGAUCCUGACCAGACUGUGCAGAUGCGCUGACUGGUCUGGAUCCAUACUGGUCGCAAGGCCACUAUGUUUGUUUUCUCAUGGUGCGACUCAGUUAUGUAUUUUAUACAUCUUCUGAUGCCAGUGGAUAACGCCAUUCUACUGAUGUCAGUGUGAUAAAAUAAAAGUGAUUCUAGGAUACAAAAUUAGUAUGCUUUGCAUAGUAUACUAUAAACUGUUAUUGUUAAUUAUAUUUAGAUAUGUGUUCCAUCUUAAAGUGAUAGUUGUGUAAUAAGAGAUAGAGGUAUUGAUGUGAUAUUUGAAAAAUGGAAGAAUGAUUUAGUUUUGUCUAACAAAAUAGAUUCGUUUUGUCGGAUUUAUAGUUAGGUAUAUGCAUUUGUUGCUUGUAUAAGGUUUUGCUGGUAAAAGUCUUAGUUGCACAAGUUUUCCAUGAAAUGGAGUGUGGUAAAUUAGUGUGGUAAAAUCUUGAAAUACAGAUGUGAUAGUAACAACUCUGUGAUUAUUGGUGAUAGAACAGUGUGAUAUCUGCCCUAACUGCACAUAUUACAUUUUUAACCAGGCUCACAGGUUAUAAAACAAAAGUUGGGAGACCAGACUUGGAAUACAGCUUUGCCAUUGGCCGAUUUUAAAAAUGUUGUCAGAAUCAUACAAUCAGGUGCUGUAGAUUUUAGACUGGUUAUCAAGCUCUUGUUAUAAAACAGAGUGUACAAGUUAUAAAACAAAUCUUGGAGACCAGUCUCAGAAUGCAGCCUAGCCAUUGGCUGAUUUCAGAAAUGAGCACAGAACAAUCAAAUCAAAUGCUGGAGAUUUUAAACUGGUUCUUCAAACUGUUUUAUAACUUUGGAACGAGGUUUUUCUUUGAAAUACUGGUUGCUAAUGGUUGUUUGUUGAAUGUCAGGAGAUGUGCAGCUAGCAUUUGUUGUGUCAAAGAAUGACUAAUAGUUGGAAAAAGAUAAUAUUUGAUCUUAUAAUUAUAGUCUUUGUUUUGUGAAAGCACCCCUCAUUCAAGAACUAGACAAAUCAACUUAAAUUUUUUAUCAAAAACAAAAUCAACUGUUUUUACAUAAAGUAAAUAUAUUCAUUGUCUACAUAUUUUGUUUGUGGAAAGUGUUCGAAAUGAAGCCGGCAUGCGUUUUCAUGAUAUACAAUUUUUUUUUUCAAUUAUACUAGUAGAUUUAUUUUUUCAUAAAGAAGAUUGAGACAUUUGGUAGAAGUAGACUGUAUUUUCUAUAUGAUGUUGUUUGUGUUUUUCAAAAAGUAGUUACUUUUCUUACAGGUUUAGUCUAUCAAUAUCAUGAGCAAAUCCAUGGCCACAUUGUCUCGUACUAAUUGUUAUAAUGAUGUGUGAAUAGUCAAAACAUUUUUUUUUUGUAAUGUCUCGUUAAGCAAAGUAGAUGUGUUGAAAAUUUAGAGAAAAUUUGUUGUUUUUCACUUUUUCAAAUUUCCAUUUUUUUUGUAUUAAAAUUACAUGUAGAAAGGUAUGUUUUUAUCAAAUUCUGUUUGAAAAAUAAAAAUAUCCAAUGUCAAAAUUGUAAUUGUUUUAUUGCUUAAUUUCUUUUAAAUGUUAUUCAUCAUAGAAUGUAUAAAAAAUGUUUCAACAUGGAACUGUUGUAUAUAUGAACCGCACCAUGAGAAGACCAACAUAGUGACUUUCCGACCAGCAUGGAUCCAGACCAGCCUGCACAUCCGCACAGUCCGGUAAGGAUCCAUGCUGUUCGUUUUCAAAGACUAUUGCAAUUAGAGAAACCGUUAGUGGACAGCAUGGAUCCUGACCAGCCUGCACGGAUGCGCAGGCUGGUCUGGAUCCAUGCUGGUCCCAAAGCCACUAUGUUGUUUUUCUCAUGGCACGGCUCAUAUGUGACUACAAUUAUGUGUAUGUUGUUACAAGGGUAAAAGUUUCAUUUUCUUGUGUGAGCUAUGAAAGGAAAAAAAACAACAUUUAACACACAAAUUAUAGGAUAAAAAUGUUUAGAUGUACAUGAACUGUAUAUAUGGGUCAGUAUAUGUGUAGUUAGGUGUAACAUUGUUAACUGUUUUAAAUGUUUAUCAUUUUCAUGACAACAAUUCACCAAAUUGAAAUGUGAUACAACAAACAAAAGCAUUACCAGAGAUUGUAAAAGAUUUAUAAAAACAAAUCUCAUAAGAGUAUCAAUCAAUCUUUUUUUCGUGCUUGAAGUUUGUAGGGCUCAAGUCUACAAGUAUUUCCUUUUUUGAAGUGUUUAAACAUAAAUGUGACAAACAAUUUUGUAUUCAAUACUAUUCAUUAAAUGAAUUUCCAUAAAGUUACUUGAUAAUAACUUGGAACUUCUUUCUAUAAACUAAAAAUAGAAACAUAAUUGUUACUUCCUUUCUUUUUCAAACUUUUUCUUGCAAGAAGGCUCACAGGAACUAGAUUGUGUGUGUUACAUUUGAGGAUUUGUUUAGAUGUACAUUUGAAUUCUUUAAAGAACAACUUCAUGACACAUUUCUAGCACUUAAUUGCUGUGUUUGGAGAAUGAUUUGUUAAAUGAGCUGCGACUUGAGAAAUCCAACAUAGUGCAUUUGCGACCAGCAAAGAUCCAGACCAGCCUGCACAUCCAGGCAGUCUGGUAUUUGCUUUCAAAGCCUAUUGCAAUUAGAGAAACUGUUAGCGAACAGCAUGGAUCCUGACCAGACUGUGUGGAUGCGCAGGCUGGUAUGGAUGCAUGCUGGUCGCAAAUGCACUAUGUUUUCUCAUGGCGCGGCUCAGAAGUAUUAAGAUAUAUGACACGUCUUUUCAUUCAUUCAUUUUACAUUUUCUCGUUUUCGUGGUAGAACGAAGCUGGUAAAUAAUUUGUUAAUAAUUGCUGAAUGGGGUAGUUCCCAAAUAUGACAAUAAAAACAUGAAAAUUA